UCUCCUUUAUUUCUUCAAGCAAAGUUUAGUAGAUAUUUAACUAAGAUACCCACUUUCUCCUUUUUCCUUCUAAGCCACAGAAAGCAGGAAAUGGCGUUUCAGAUGAUGCAGACUUUGCCAUUUCUGAUUUUCUUGCUAUGUUUUCAUGGCAUCAAUGGAGACUACGGUGGCUGGCAAGUUGCACAUGCGACAUUUUAUGGUGGCAGUGAUGCUUCUGGCACAAUGGGGGGAGCAUGUGGGUAUGGAAAUUUGUACAGUCAAGGUUAUGGAACAGCCACUGCAGCUCUAAGCACGGCGCUUUUCAACAGUGGCUUCAGCUGCGGCGCAUGCUACCAGAUACGCUGCAACAAUGAUCCUCAAUGGUGCCUCUCCGGUACCAUCACAGUCACUGCCACUAAUUUCUGCCCUCCCAACUACGCAUUGGCUAAUGACAAUGGUGGCUGGUGCAAUCCCCCUCUCCAACACUUCGAUUUGGCUGAGCCUGCCUUCCGGAAAAUCGCCCAAUAUCGCGCUGGAAUCGUCCCCGUCCUCUUCAAAAGGGUGCCAUGUAUGAAGAAAGGAGGCAUAAGAUUCACCAUCAAUGGCCAUUCAUACUUCAACUUGGUUUUGAUAACGAACGUGGGUGGCGCUGGGGAUAUCACGGCAGUGUCCAUCAAGGGGUCGAGAACGGGAUGGCAACAAAUGUCAAGAAAUUGGGGCCAGAAUUGGCAAAGCAAUUCGUAUCUGAACGGGCAAAGCCUCUCAUUCAAAGUGAUGGCCAGUGAUGGAAAGGCAAUCACCAGCUACAAUGUUGUGCCUGGUAAUUGGCAAUUUGGUCAAACUUUCGAAGGAGGUCAAUUUUAGCUACUGAUUUCUGCAUAUUUCAUAACCGUGUUUCUAAUUAAUGUAAAGUUGUAGAGACAUGUGACAUGGUUUGAGCUGAGGUGACAAAAUUGCACCCGCUAUGCUUUAUUAUGUGUGAUUAUGCAUGCAUAUAUAAAUAAACAUAAUUGGCCAUCAAAA